AAGUCGAUGGCCCUGUAUAAUCCACCAGCUGUUGCAAAUAAACUCGGGAAACAGCUGUUCAAAUUCAUUCGAUAUGUCAAAAUUUCAUCCGCCUAUCCGCGAAGAGGUUAUGUAAAUUUUUAAUAACAAAUUGCGGAAAAAAAUAUUAAGAGAAUCGUAUAAAUAAAUUAAAAAUGGUGUCACAAACCCUAGCACUGUUUGUAAGAUCACGUGGACCAGAUGAAUUCUGGCGUAAAAGAAGAAUCUUUAAGCUUGCGGCUCACUUUCGUGGACGUAAACGUAAUUGCUACUCUAUAGCCGUACGAAAUGUGCACCGUGCCUUGGUAUACGCCACAAAGGGGCGCAAAUUGAAAAAGUUGGAUAUGGCGGAGCUUUGGUCCAAACGUGUUGAAGCCGGCUGUGAACAAUAUGGCAUUACAUUGGAGACAUUCAAAGAAACAUUGUCCCGCAACAACAUUUUAUUAAACAAGAAAGCUUUGGCUGACCUUGCAAUUUGGGAACCCAGGUCUUUCGAAGCAUUGGUGAAGUUAUCAAGAGAGCGCGCGGUUGUGGAAUCCCUGCCGGGCCUCAACGAGCGUUCGGUUAUGAAUCAAGUUUAUGGCCUGGCAAACUUGAAACUAGAUAAGUAAAUAGAUUUAGCAGAUUUACAACUUCCACCAAGCUUUAAAAUAGAAAUAAAAAAAAAUUUCAGAAACAAA